CUUUCAACACCUGAAAAUAGGAAUUGCAUUCUGCAAAUACCGAAAAAUUGUCUGAUAGGGUCGAUUUAGCCAGAUCGAGGAAGUUUCCAGGCCAGUUUAACUCUAUGCGCAACCUCACCUGCACCUUCCACCACACAAUUCACCAUCACCUCACCGCACCGCCUCACAACCGCCACGAUGCCGAAAGUCAAGAAAACCUCCACGUCGCAGAACACGUCCGCGACCUUCAACAUCCCCAACAAGGUGCACCGGCAAGCGCACAACAUCCGCAUCAAAUCCGCGCUCGCCGCCGCAAAGCGCAAGGAAAAGUUCGACCGCAAAAAGGUCGAAGCUAAAGACCCGUCGCUGCGGGAAACCCGUCUUUCUACCAACCUCCCAGACACCAUAGAGCGCAAGCGGGUAUGGGACGAGCGGAUUCCGGGCGCGGUGCCCACCACCACCACUGCGGGCACGGCGGAUGAGGCAAAGGCGGAGGGAGUGACGGGGGAGGAGGCGGCAGCAGAGGCGGCGGAGGAGGCAGCGGCAGCGGCGGAGAUCGCGGCGCACGAAGAGAACCAGGCGACGCUGGCGGAGGACGCGGAGACCGCGGCGCUGUUCCCGACAUUGGACCGGCCGCCAGGAGCUCCGCCGCGGAUCCUGCUCACCACUUCGCGCUUCAACCACACCCACGACCAGGCCGAGGAGCUGGCAAAUCUCUUCCCCAACACCACAUAUCUCCCGCGCAACAACGACCUCGGCAUCGUCGAGAUGGCCAAGAUCGCCGCAAAGCCCACCACUAUCGAUCCCGCCACCGGCGAGGUCCGCAAGCCGUACUCACACAUCAUGAUCGCCAACGUCGAGAGCAAGCUCAUCGACGCACUGACCAUCAUCGUGCUGCCGGAGGGCCCGACUUUCCGGUUCACCGUCUCCAACUACCAGCCGGCGAAGCGCAUCAGCGGGCACGGCCGGCCGACAUCGCACAUCCCCGAGCUGAUCCUCAACAAUUUCCUGACGCCGCUAGGAAAGACCACCGCGGGGCUAUUCCAGUCUCUGUUCCCGCAGCAGCCACAGUUCCAAGGACGACAGGUAGUCACGCUGCACAACCAGCGCGACUUCAUCUUCUUCCGGCGACACAGAUACGUUUUCCGCGAGAAGCGCGAGACCGAGAAAGAAGCGGGCUUCGGGUUGGACCCCACCAAGGCGGAUGGCGGAAAGGGCAUGGAGGGCCUGGGAGUGCGGGUGGGACUGCAAGAGAUUGGGCCGCGGUUCACGCUGAAGCUGCGGAGAGUGGAGAGGGGCGUCAAGAAGGAUACCGUGUUCCAGUGGAAGGGCGGGAUGGAUAAGGUGCGGACCAAGUUUCAGCUUUAA